AUGGAGACUAUGGAGAAUGACUAUAACACUGGAGUUUCUAGGCGACAAGUUUAUAGGACAAAAGAGAGGGCAUUCAGGCAAAUUGAAGGAGUAUUCACAGAACAAUACUCCAUAAUUUGGAAUUAUUGUGAAGAGUUAAGGAAGACCAACCAGGAACAACAACGAAAGUUCAAUGUGAUUUCAAUGAACAAUUAG